AUGUGCAUGAAAAGAGUUCAUGGUUUUCCCGGUAUGAUUGGUAGUAUUGACUAUAUGCAUUGGCCGUGGGAGAUGUGUCCGACGGCUUGGCGAAGCACCCACACACGUGGUGACCUAGGUAGGCCUUCGUUGAUUAUUCAAGGAGUUGCAUUGUAUGAUCUAUGGAUUUGGAAUGCAUACUUUGGGCCACAAGGGUCUCAUAAUGACAUUAACGUAUUCGAGUCAUCUCCUGUGCUUGAAGAUCUUAUAUCUGGUUUGACACCCUCAGCUUCCUUUUAUGCAAACGGUAACUUCUAUCAGAGGGGGUACUACCUAGGUGACGGGAUAUACCCCGAGUAUGCUACAUUCAUCAAGACUUUUACCGAUCCAGUUGACGAGAAGAGAAAGCUUUUUAAGAAAAAGCAAGAGUCGGAACGUAAGGGUAUAGAAAGGGCUUUUGGUGUGUUAAAAAAGAGAUGGAAGGUCCUUAAUCAUCCGGCUCAUUAUUGGGACAAAGAACUUAUGCAAGAUGUGAUUUAUGCUUGUAUCAUCUUGCAUAACAUGAUAUUGGAGGACGAGGGCAAGGCCACAUGCCAGGACUAUAAUCCGGAUGAACCUUCUCUAGUACCGGGUUAUUGGGAACAAAUGACACCGCUCGAACAACGAAUUCAAAACCGCCAUGCCAUUAAAAGUAGAGAAACACACAACAUGCUUACGGCGGAUUUGAUUGAUCAUCUUUGGACGACCCAAGCACAUGACUUUGAUCCCGAUAACGUGGUUCUCCCGGAUCUCAACGAGUACGUUAGCUCCGACGAUGAGUAGGUUGUUUGUUUUUUUAUUUAAAUAAUGAUGUAAUA